AUGCAAAACUUUGUCCGGAGAUGCUAUCAGAAGGUGGAGGACAACAGAAGCGCCAUUGACGGAUUCCUCACAAUGAUUCCAAGCGACGUCUAUGGCUCAGUCAUCUCCGGAGGGUAUGCCAUGAUUAUGGCUGCUGUCGAGAAACGUGCCCAGCACCGCGAAGCGGUUCAAAACUUCUUGGCCGAAAUUCCAGAGAGGCUAGAGACUAUCCAGCGCCUUUCACAAAUACACCAUGCCUCCGUUAGGCUGCACUUACGCGCAGAUGCUGUGAUUGUCACUGUGUUCACUGUCCUAGAGCGUAUUGUUGACGAGAUCACCAAAGUCCGGAAGAUGAAGCUACAAGAUAGAGCCAAGAGUUUGGCCACGAGUAUCCGUCUUAGAAAGAGGCAAAAUUCAGGAGCCCAUAGUGCCCAAAACCCCAGCCCGGGCGUGGUGAGUGACGAGGAGAAUGAUGAUGAUGGAGAGCAGAAACUCUCUGUAGAUGGCGCUUUAGCUGAGCUGCAAAGUGAAAUUGAUCACUUUCAAAAGGAAGUGGAUAUCUGCGAGCAGGAGAGGUUAGGCAGCAUACAAAUCGCUGUUGGUAAUCUGGGGCAUGGUCUGCGGUUUGUCAAUGGAGCAAAACAGUGUACCAAGACAGCCUCGGAAUGGCUGAAGAAACUCCGAGGCUUUCCCCACGACCCAAUGAGAGACAUUGAGGACUGCCUCAAGCACAUAGAGCUGCUCAACUCCGACGAGAAGAACAUGUCUCAUUCAAUUCUACAUUCGGAACAGGUGGACCUUCGGCUGCAGGGGAAGCAAUCGAGCAUCAUUGACAUCAACCUUUAUACGCCCCCGGCUUCCCUUAACAGCCCACUAUCCUUUACCAGCGCACUAUCUGCCGCAGCUCUCCGAAGUACAGUCCAAUUUCCGGUGCUCGCAUUCUUUUGCGCACACAGGAGCAAUGACUCUCUUUCCAAGGACAAGUCGGGCCCUACCGCCCUGGUCAGGAGCCUGGUCGGCCAACUUCUCAGGUUCAUCUCGGACCACCGUCCGUCAGUGGACCUUGAAAAACUGGAAGCCUACGAGUUCUUUUCGAAGGCAAGGAAGAAUCUCAAGGAGGCUCUCAAGCUUGUUAAAACGUUACUGUCGUUACUACCAGAGGGCGAUAUGGUCAUUGUAAUUAUUAAUUCUCUCUCAAGGCUCUCGGGGGGUAGUGAAGACAAGAUGGCCAAGAAACUAGUCCACAUCAUCAGGCAGAGGGAAGACCUUGUGAUCAAGGUAAUGGUAACCGAUGCGCUUCCUGGUUUUUACAUCAGGGACGUUGCGGACAUGUCACUUUAUGUCCCGGACUUGGUCAUCGGGCCAGGUGUGGUCGAUAUUUCUGCGAGCAGUGACAAAAUCGCUGAGAAGGUGAAGCAAAAGCCACAUAUGGGAGACGGAGACGGAGAUAUCACAGACAAUGACGAUGCCAAUGACGACAGUGAAAGAGACCAUAACGAAGAUAAGGAUCUAUAA